GGCCUAAGGCUCGGGGGCCGGCGGCGGCGGCGGCGGCGGCGGCGGCGGCUGCAGGGAGCUGGGAAGCAAGAAGCCGGGAGCGCGGGGCUCAGUCGGGGGGCGGCGGCGGCGGCGGCUCCGGGGAUGGCGGCGGCUCCGCUGCUGCUGCUGCUGCUGCUCGUGCCCGUGCCGCUGCUGCCGCUGCUGGCCCAGGGGCCCGGGGGGGCGCUGGGGAACCGGCAUGCGGUGUACUGGAACAGCUCCAACCAGCACCUGCGGCGAGAGGGCUACACGGUGCAGGUGAAUGUGAACGAUUAUCUGGAUAUUUACUGCCCUCACUACAACAGCUCAGGGGUGGGCCCCGGGGCGGGGCCAGGGCCUGGAGGCGGGGCGGAGCAGUACGUGCUGUAUAUGGUGAGCCGGGCGGGCUACCGCACCUGCAACGCCAGCCAAGGCUUCAAGCGCUGGGAGUGCAACCGACCGCAUGCCCCUCAUAGCCCCAUCAAGUUCUCGGAGAAGUUCCAGCGCUACAGCGCCUUCUCGCUGGGCUACGAGUUCCACGCCGGCCACGAGUACUACUACAUCUCCACGCCCACCCAUAACCUGCACUGGAAGUGUCUGAGGAUGAAGGUGUUCGUCUGCUGCGCCUCCACAUCGCACUCCGGGGAGAAGCCGGUCCCCACUCUCCCCCAGUUCACCAUGGGCCCCAAUGUGAAGAUCAACGUGCUGGAAGACUUUGAGGGAGAGAACCCCCAGGUGCCCAAGCUUGAGAAGAGCAUCAGCGGGACCAGCCCCAAGCGGGAACACCUGCCCCUGGCGGUGGGCAUCGCCUUCUUCCUUAUGACACUCUUGGCCUCCUAGCUCUGCUCCCUCCCUUGGCGGGGAGAGAUGGGGCCGGGCUGGGACUGAGCAUGGGAGCCUUUGGCCCCUCCAAGGGAAGCCUAGCCGUGGGGCUUAGACCCCCUCCUCCGAUGGCUGGAACUGGGGUCUGCACCUUACAUCUGUGCCCGCCUCUUCUGCCCCCUCCCCCCCAAACGCAGGGCACUAUAGUAGACCAGGUGCAGGGACAGCCACGGGUCCCUGGUGGUUUUGUGGCUCUGGUAAUGUUUGGUACCAAACUAGGGGGCCAUAAAGGGCAGUGCUCAGGACACUGCCCCCUGGUACCUUUUUCUGACCCCUGGUGCCCUCCACCUUUGUCCCCCCAGAGAGGUCAUUGUGCCCCAGAGAGAGCAAAUUGAAGUGUGCAAGACACCCCCAUCACUCUCCUCCAGGGGCAGAACACGGGGAGGGGACUAGAUGGGCAAGGGGGUGGCAUCACCCACUGCCCCCUUCCCCUGUUUACAGCAAUAAGCACGUCCUCCUCCCCCCACUCCCACUCCCAGGAUUGCGGUUUGGAUUGAAUCCAAGUUUACAAGUAGACACCCCUGGGGGGGCCGGUAGUGGACAAGGGUGACAAGGGGUGGGCAUUGGGGUGCCAGGCAGGCAUGUACAGACUCUAUAACUCUAUAUAUAAUGUACAGACGGACAGAGUCCCUCCCCCUCCUCAACCCCCUGACCUUCCUCGACUUCCCCUUCCAGCUUUAGACCCCUUCCCCACCAGGCUAGGCCCCCCCCCACCUGGGGGACCCCCUGGCCCCUCUUUUGUCUUCUGUGAAGACAGAACCUAUGCAACGCACAGACACUUUUGGAGACCGUGAGACAACAACGCCCCUUCCCCUCUAGCCCUGAGCCGGGACCCAGUUCCCAGGCCCUUGCCCUGCCCAUCCUCUGUGGUCCCCACCCAUCCUCCUGGGCCUUUUUCAAGUGCUUUGGCUGUGACUUUCAUACUCUGCUCUUAGUCUAAAAAAAAAAUAAACUGGAGAUAAAAAUAA